AUGAGAGGGGCUAGAAGGCGGUGCCAACCAGACCCCGGUGCCACGAGGCCCCCAAAGCCCAUGGACAGCGUGCCAGGUGGGCCCCAAGGAACCCAACGGGCCCCCACCGAACCCCGCCCCCCAAGCAACUGCAGCGUCAGGCCCCCGCAACGGUCCCGACCUGGGUCACACCGCCCGCAGCAAACCGACCGCACGCCACCAGGAUGCACGGACAAUGAGCCCCACCCAGCCCCCCGGACCCCAGCGCACAGGAGCACAGGCCAACCCGCAACCCCGCCAGUACCCCCCCAGACCGCCCCAGACCCAAAGCUGGACCCCCAGCCCAUCCGACCCGCCCCCCACUGCCGGCCGCACCCCAACGGGCAGGCCCACCCUGCGCGGCAGCAGAACACCCCCCCAUGGGCAGCACCCAGCCCCCACACCAGGCCCCCAGCCCGGGAGGGCCCCAGGCCCAGGGAACACAAGGAGACCCUGCCACCCCCAGGCACACAGGGCGAGCAGUCCAGACUUACCUGCUCCCCAGGGGAAACCGCCCAGCCCCGCGAUCCCCCAGAGAGCCAGGGAGCAGGCCCAGAUUCAAGAGAGAGAGGGUGCACCUAA